GUCUGACCCCGCCGCCGCGCCGUAGGCCGCGCCGCACCCGGGCGGGCGCGAUGGCGGACGUGUCCGAGCGCACGCUGCGAGUGUCGGUGCUGGUGGCUUUCGCCUCCGGAGUGCUCGUGGGCUGGCAGGCGAACCGGCUGCGGAGGCGCUACCUGGACUGGAGGAAGCGGAGGCUGCAGGACAAGCUGGCGGUGAUGCAGAAGAAGCUGGACCUGGCCUGAGACCCCGCGCGGCCACCGGGGCCAUGCCUCUGGGCUGGCGCUCCGGCACGAGCGCGCGCCUGAGCCAGGCUCGCCUCCCUCGCCGGCUGCCCGGCCGGGCUCGUCCCGCAGUGUUGCAGCUUGUCGACGAUGGACGUGGAGCACGGGAAAGAAGGACUUUCUUCUUGCACUUUAUGAAUUAGUUUUAUUUUUAAAAUAAAGUAUUUUAAACGUC